UCCUGGGAAUUAUUGCACUGAGUCUGCUGCAUGCAUUGAUCUUCUUGUCUAUGCAGGGUUUCAGCUGUCCUGAUAAUGCCCAAAAUUCAUCCAAAGAACUCCAUGUAAAUGCUUCAAUGAUGCUGGCCAAAUUAAAAGAAAACCUAUGUGGAAAGGAAGGGAGCAGGAAAGCAGAACAUGCCCCAUGUGAGUACUGCCCAUUCAGAUGGGUUCUGCAUGAGAGGAAAUGCUACUACUUCUCUGAGGAGAAGAAAACCUGGAGUGAUAGUGAGAAGUACUGCAGCUCCCAGACAUCUAGCCUGGCUGUGAUCGACAGCGAGGAGGAGAAGAUUUCCCUCGACCACCUGAUGGCGUCCGAUACCAUGAGUUGCCACAUCAGCCAAGCAUAA